ACACCUGAACGAGUUUUGAAUUCCCCGCUGCUGCCUAGUACGAAACAGAUAAUGCAUUUCAUGGACGACUGAACACGUAUUACAACAAGAAUAACAGGUAAUGCACAGUGUGUCGUGAAUCUAAGUAGAGUGCAUUUUCGACCAAAAACCAUGUCAGAAGGAGGAAGGAGAAUAGCCAUUGGAAUCGAUGAAAGCGAUUUUGCAGAGCAAGCUUUUAAUUAUUAUGCUGAUAACAUGAAAAAAGACGAUGAUUACGUCAUCUUGAUCCAUACUCCGGAGAGAUACAAUGUUAUGGACGCUAAUCUGGGCACACCAGUAAAACGUGCAACAGUUCUUCAGGAAAUACUUGAAGAAGUUAGAGUCAAAGUACGGAAACUGGAAGAAAAAUACAAGAAGAAGAUGGAAGAAAAGGGACUAAAAGCAGGAAAAUUCGUCACAAGACGUGGUGAUCCAGGUGAGGCCAUAGUUCAUGUUGCAGAAAAAGAAAGUUGUGACCUAAUUAUUACCGGAAGUAGAGGAAUGGGCAUGAUCAGAAGGACGAUUCUCGGCAGCGUCAGUGACUAUGUUCUUCACCACGCUCACUGCCCUGUUCUUAUUUGCAAACACGAAGGGUAUAAGAAAUAAAAUCGAAAAUAUUCUGUCCUUAUUUGCAAACACGAAGGAUAUAAGAAAUAAAAAAGCAUCUAAAUAUCCUUUUCUCAAAGCAAAAUAUAUUUUUGUAUGCUACCUGUUUUUAUAUUCCACCCUUGUUACAUGUACAUGUACCUGCUUUGUGAAAUUAUUUGAAAUUUUACAAUUAUUCCUCUAGCUGUAAAGAGGACAUGGUGGUCAUCAAAUUAAAUUUCAGAUCAUCUUAAAUUUUUAAAUAUAUUUUUUUCAACCAAAAAAUAUCAUUUAGUAAAGAGAAAAAAUUAAAUUGUUUACAUAAAAAAAUCUAUCUUAACAUAUUGCUAUUUUUUUUCAUACACGGCUCUUCUUUUUUGGAGAUUGUUACAGUUAAAAAAUGGCCACAACCAUCCAGCCCCCUUAUGCUAGAAUAUAAGAUAUCUUUUUUACUACAUUAUUUGUAUAUAUACAUAUUCAGAUUACUUUUA